AUGAGUGUCAAUAAACGCACUAAGCAAGGGACUGAUAAUCCAGUCUUGAAAACAGUGGGCAAUAUCUUUGAUAAAGUACAACUGACAAAACUUUUGAUUCAUACAUUAAAGGAACUGGGUUAUAAUACUGCAGCUGGUGCCUUGCAAGAAGAAAGUGGAGGCAUUCAAGUAGAAUCAAAUGUUGUUCAAAGGCUCUUUGGAUAUAUCAAACAGGGCAAAUAUGAAGUGAUUAGUUUUGAUCUAUUGAAUAGCUUAUCAUUGAGAACCACCAACCAUGAUUCCGCAAACAAUGGGAAAAAGGUUUUUACAGAUAGAGAUACAUCUAUUAAUAUAAAUGAUAUUAUCUCUUCUGAUUUGGAUGUUGUAGCAAUAACUGCAAAUUUUGAUACACAAUACAAGAUGUUUUAUGAUUUUUAUACGAAUACAACUUUUAAUACAGUCAGUUUAAAUCGUUUCAGGAAUAUUCUAGAGAUUAUGAUUCUAAUUAAUAAACACUUCUUCACAGAAUUGAUAUAUGAAGUCAAGGAUUUACCUAAUGCAGUAUUGUUCUUAAGAAGUAUUAUUAGAAAAUAUUUAACUCUAUGGGAUACUGUUUUAACUGGAUUACAAACAAAUAUUAUUGAUGAAGAUAUUGUCUUCACUCCCGAAAAAGUGUUGAAGGAAUUAUCUUCCAUUUUAACAAUGCCUGAAGUGGUGAUUAAAAAAAACAAUAGUACUAAUGAUGAUGAUUGCACAGAGACACAAAUAUGGACGGGAUCAGUAAAGAACUCAAGACAAGAGUUGAUUGAAAAGAUAUCCUUUUAUAUAAAUCCUAAUGAUUUGGUACCACAGGGGAGAUUAAUUGAAUUACUCAGACAAGCUAUCAAAUAUCAAAGAUCAUGUAACUCGUUCAACCUCUUUGAUGACGAAAUCGACGUCGAUUAUUCACAAGAUGAUCCAGUAACUCUGUUACAAAAUAAUAUAUCUGAUUUCGAACGAAUAAAUUUUGUCGAACAAAAGACGUUGGCAUCAAAUAUGGACGAAAUUUGGUACUUAGAGUUUUCACCCAAUGGUAAAUAUUUAGCAGCCGCAAUUGCAAACUCGGUUAGUGAUCGUAAAGUAACUGUUUAUGAUGUCGAAAAUGACUUCUCUGUAUUUAAAGUACUGAGAGGAAAUUCUCAAUGUAUAUUAUAUUUAUCAUUCUCUGAGGAUAGUAAAUACCUUGUGACAUGCCCUUUCAAUGAACAUACAAAUAUUUAUGACAUUACAGCUGAUGGUGAAACUAUUGAAUUGAACGUAGAGAAGGGUGGCUUUCCUCAAAAUUCAAGACGGAGUUCUUUAGAAGGUGGGAAGAAGGAAAAAUCCACAAUCGAGACCCAAGUUCUUGGCCCGAUAGAUUCAUUUUGUAUACCAAUAUCAAGUCCUAAGGCACAAGAAAGGUCUGGUAACAGUAUGCAUAGUGCAGGGAAUGAAACAUACAACACAAGUUCACCAUAUAGUGACACACAAUCUCCGUCAUCUGCUCCAGAUUCAACUAUCUCCUCACGUGCUGCUACAGAUAACCUAAUUGAACAAACGGAAAAUUCCUUAAGAUCUUGGUGCUGUGAUUGGUUUCAUACAGAAAAACAUGCUGGAAAAUUGGUAAUUGGUUCUCCUGAUCGUGAUGUAGUUAUAUAUGACACCAAAACAAGAUCAAUUAUUUAUCAAUUUUCACGCAACUGGAAUCUUCGUUCAAGAAGGGCAAGUAGCUCAGCAUAUAGGAGUUCUCAUGAUUCCGAUAAUAAUAACGCCUUAAGACGUAUGCCACGAGAGACUCAAGCUGGGACUGUUGUUAACACCUUAAUGGAUGAACAAUUUCCACGAAUUCAUGACUUGAAAAUUUCUCAGGAUGACAAUUAUCUCUUGUUGAUGACUCACCAAGGUAGUAUUAAUGUUUUCAAUAUUUCCAAUCUACCAACGAACGAUGAAUUAAAAGGAUUGGAUAGUUCUAUAUUAUCCAACCAUUAUUUUAAAAUGGAGACGAAAUUAAAAAUAGGGAAAAAUAUAACUUGCAUUUCACUCCCAAUGCCAAGUUGCGAAAACUAUGGAAGACUAUCAUCUUUGGUAUUAGUAAAUUUACAACACAAUGAACUUCAAUUAUGGGAUUAUAAAGAAAAUAUCUUAAUUCAAAAGUAUUUUGGUCAAAAACAAGAGCAAUUUAUCAUUAGGUCUUGCUUUGGUUUCGACAAUAAAUUAGUAGUGAGCGGCUCAGAGGAUGGAAAAGUUUAUAUUUGGGAUCGUCUAAAGGGGAAUAUUCUGGGUGUAUUGAUGGGACAUGCGAAUGAUCGCCUUCCAACAAGAUCAGGAAGUAAUGCUAGAAAAUUCAGUAAAAACUGUAAUGUAGUGGGAUGGAAUCCGAACAACAAAUUUAUGUUUGCCUCAGGUGGCGAUGAUGGAUUAAUUAAAAUAUGGAAGGUAGUCAAGGAUUGA